GCCGGCUCGCAGCGGAUUUUCCCUAAGCUGGCUCCGUUCCCUCACUAAAUAACUUGGGGAACAGCAAGCGCUUUCUGGGCAGCUCUUCUAGGCGUGGAAGCUGGGCUAGAAGCAGGAAUGCAUCUUCCGUCGGAACUUCUUUUUUUUUUUUUCUUAAUGCAAUGUCCUAAUUAAAAACGACUCCCCCAGAACUUGGAAGUAAUGUCUAACGGAGGAGGAGGCAGAGAUGCAUGCCUCUGGGCUUUCUUAUCGCAGUGAAACGAUCGCUCGCAGUACCUUAGCAGGGCUUUUUGUUUCCAGCUUACCACAGCAUCUAUACGGCCGUAGGCACGAAUAUAGAUGCCUGUAGCGAUGCAGGAAGCAGCUACGCACAGAGGCACACCACCCGGCACCCCCGAACAGCGGGGAGGAGGAGGAGGAGGAGGAAGGAAGGGAGGAAGGGUAUAAAGCUGCGGAGACACGGGAGGGGAGACUCAGAGCUUCGCCUCGCCGCCUUUCGUAUGCGAGCCUCCCGCAGCCUCUCCUUGGUUCCGCUGCACCCCUUACCUGGCCAGCUCUGCCCGGACCAUGCCCGCUAAACUCCUCGCCGUCUUCUUCCUCCUCUCGGUGUUUCACGCCCGUUCCAGAAAGGUUGAAGAAGAUGAAUACGAAGAUGGAACAACCAACCAAAAAUGGGUUUUAGCUCCAAAAACACAGGACACAGAUGUGACUCUCAUACUAAACAAGCUGUUGAGAGAGUAUGACAAAAAGCUACGGCCAGAUAUUGGAAUAAAACCAACAGUUAUUGAUGUUGAUAUUUAUGUCAACAGCAUUGGUCCUGUAUCAUCAAUAAAUAUGGAAUAUCAAAUUGAUAUAUUUUUUGCCCAGACGUGGACAGACAGUCGUCUUCGCUUCAACAGCACCAUGAAGAUACUGACUCUGAACAGCAACAUGGUUGGGUUGAUCUGGAUUCCAGACACGAUAUUUCGGAACUCCAAGACAGCAGAAGCUCACUGGAUCACCACUCCCAACCAGCUCCUCCGGAUAUGGAACGAUGGCAAGAUCCUGUACACCCUCAGGCUUACCAUCAAUGCUGAGUGCCAGCUGCAGCUACACAAUUUCCCAAUGGAUGAACACUCAUGUCCACUGAUAUUCUCUAGCUAUGGCUAUCCUAAAGAAGAAAUGAUUUACAGAUGGAGAAAAAACUCAGUGGAGGCUGCUGACCAGAAGUCUUGGAGACUCUAUCAGUUUGACUUUAUGGGUCUCAGAAAUACUUCAGAAAUUGUGAAAACUUCUGCAGGUGAUUAUGUAGUCAUGACUAUAUACUUCGACUUAAGUAGAAGAAUGGGAUACUUCACUAUUCAAACGUACAUUCCCUGUAUAUUAACAGUUGUUCUUUCCUGGGUAUCCUUUUGGAUUAAAAAAGAUGCCACACCAGCAAGAACAGCAUUAGGAAUUACCACAGUAUUGACCAUGACAACUUUGAGUACCAUUGCAAGAAAGUCAUUACCCCGUGUCUCCUAUGUCACCGCUAUGGAUUUGUUUGUGACUGUAUGCUUUCUGUUUGUCUUUGCUGCUCUGAUGGAGUAUGCAACCCUCAACUACUACUCCAGUUGCAGGAAACCAAACUGUACUAAGAAGAAAAAGUCGCUACCUGAUGUCAGUUUUGGUCAUGUGAUGAAUUAUUCUGUACUUGAUAUGAGACCACCAACUACAGUCAUCACAUUGAACAAUGCCAUGUACUGGCAAGAAUUUGAAGAGGCGUGUGUCUAUGAAUGUUUGGAUGGGAAAGACUGCCAGAGCUUUUUCUGUUGUUAUGAAGAAUGUAAAUCAGGCUCAUGGAGGAGAGGACGGAUUCACAUAGACAUCUUAGAACUGGAUUCUUACUCUAGGGUCUUUUUUCCUACAUCCUUCCUGCUGUUUAACCUGGUCUACUGGGUUGGAUACCUCUAUCUUUAAAUGUUGCCUGUAGUGGUGAAGACUGUGGUAUUUUCACACUGUGGAGGGAUGGUGGAAGUGCAGAAAAAGUGAAGGACAUGGUCAGUUUCAUCUCAAAUUAUAGAGGCCACAUUAACCUUCACCAUCACAGAGCCUGAUGAAGAAUUUUAAUAUGUAAUUUCCUGAAAAAGAAAAACGUGGAAGAAUUCUCUCCUUACUGCUAUUCAUUUUAAGGGAAAGAUUCUUACAAAAUUCAACUGAAUUUGUAGUGUAAGCGAUGUUUAUAAACAAUUAUUGUAUAUUAGAAUUCUUACUAUUCUCCCUUGGCAUAGAAGCUAUACACAGUUCAGGCAAGGGUUAAAUAUGUCAUUUUUGUUCUUCAUUCCC